AUGUAUCACGAUAACUCUGCACGUUCUCCUGGCUCCCAGCGCCAUCAGCAGCCUUUGCAUCGUCAGCCUUCGCGACAGUUCGACGCGUACGGUCCUAUGCCUGUGAACCUGUAUGAUGACCCCAUGGCUCGCUAUGAGACUGGUCGCCUGGAGCGUUUGAACCCCCCGCUCCACAACAACUCUUAUGCCUAUGAUCUUGCCGGCUCGCAGACCUGGAAUCCGAAUGGCUUCGCCAAUCCUCAGGCUCUGGGGGCCAUCCGGUCGGCGUCGACGAGUUUGAAAACCACCUCCCGCACCGGAAGGGCAGGUUUACCUACGACCUGGCUUGACCAGCAGCCGGGUAUGCCUAGUGCCUUUUCGAAUCUUGGGCCCGGGCCCCUUCAAAGCAGUACAAUGCGCCCGGAGGCAUCUGCAUCCUCGGAGAAUGAUGAUGAGUUGAUUCCAACGGCGAUCGUCAUUAAGAACAUUCCCUUCGCCGUUAAGAAGGAGCAGCUGGUCCAGCUAAUGACCGAGUUAAACCUGCCCCUGCCGUAUGCCUUCAACUACCACUUUGACAAUGGUGUCUUUCGGGGGCUGGCGUUCGCAAACUUUACGUCCGCGGAGGAAACGGCGACGGUGAUCGAGGUUCUCAACCACUUUGAGCUUCAGGGACGGAAAUUGCGAGUCGAGUACAAGAAGAUGCUUCCGCUCCAAGAGCGCGAACGUAUCGAGCGCGAGAAGCGAGAACGUCGGGGCCAGUUGGAGGAACAGCACCGGCCUAUGGCAUCCUCUCAGCUUCAGACUCAGAGUUCCAUGUCCUCGCUCACGUCGCACCUCCCCGCGACCUCCCCGUCGCCCGUCUCUCAACGUGGCCAGAAGCUGGAGGUCGACCUGAAUGAUAGCACGACACUAUCGUACUACUCUCAACUCCUUUUGUUCAAGGAAGAUACCAGUCGCGACUCGCUGGUUUUCCCCUCGAACCUUUCCCCGGUGCAGCGCCGCACCGUUCAUACUCUUGCUCACAACAUGGGCUUGGGCCACGCUUCUCGCGGAUCUGGGGAACAGCGACAGGUCCAGGUGUUCAAGGUGGCACCUGGCACCAAUGUGAGCCCUCCUUUGUCUUCGAUCCCCGCUGCAGUUCAGCCUGCAGAAACGGCUCGUCGCGGACUCAACCGCGCGGCUACGAUUGAUUUUAGUGAAGCGCGCAACGAGGGACCUGGUCCCUACGGCACCCUCCGGGGACAAGCGUCGGGAUUUCUGGGCGUUUUGGAUUCUCCCGGAAACUUCGGGAACGCUCAGAAUUUACGGGCAGCCAAGUCGUUCGCAGACCUGCGUUCCUAUACUCCAUCGCCCGUCCCUUCUUCCGCGAGUUUCCCGGCGGCCCUACAGUCCAACGGUGCACGCCUCCAGCACUACGACGGUGCCACUAGCGGCGCCUCGAACACACCGACGCUCACGCCUGCCCCUUCAGGAUCCUCUCUCGGUAUGCAGCGCGACGAUAGUCUGUUGGUGAAUAGUCUCAGCAGCCUUUCGCUGGGAACUGGAAUUGGUGGGCCAAGCUCGAGCCCACGGAGAUUGCGGGGUAUGUUUUCUUGGGAACAGCCGGAAAGUCAACCUUCCAGUGCUGGACCCAUCGGUAGCAACCGAUCCAUCGGAGUUGGAUUUGACGGACAGUCACAGGAGCGCGUGCCAAUUAGGCAGCCGAGAGGCCCCAUGCCCGAAAAGGGCCCAGGUUUUCGACGCCAAAACGGACACCAACCGCGUGGAAGCGACGAAUUGCGGACGAACUCUGGCGUGGAAAUCAUUGUGGAGUAA